CGCUGAACAUUCCUUGGACAAUUUAAUGGAUGACCGCGCUAUUAUUAGUAAUCGUAUCCGAGAUUUGAAAGAACAGCCGGUAAUUGUAGGUACACCUGAAGCACAAGAGCUUGCUAACUUGGAGCUUGAGUUAGAGCUCCGUAAUGCGCAAAUAACAGAAAUGCAGCAAAAAGUUUGUGCUGCUGAUUUUGAGACACGCGUACGUACGUUUUGUGACGGCUUGUACAGUAUUAGUGAAGCGCGUAUGGUCAUUAAACAUCUGAUAAAAUCUGUUUCUGAUAUGCGACGAGAACAUGCUAAUCGCUCUCAGGAACAAAAAACUGCAAUGGAUGAACUACGUAACACAAUUGAAACUGUCGAUGAACGCUGCAACGGGGUUAUGAAACGUAUGCGCACAAUGGAAGUUGAACAUGAGCAAAUGAUGAACAGUCGGGAGAGUAUGUAUGAAGAGAGGAUUUCUGUGUUGCUGCGGCAGUUGCACAGUACUCAAUCCACUGAAAAUAACUCUGCUGAAACGAAAAAGAUUCAGGAAGAAUAUUUCGAUAAAAUAGAUGAAAUGAAAGAAGUAAUAGAAUCUUAUAAAAAACAAGAAGAAGAGUUACAAAAGAAAAAGCAACUAACUGAGCCCAUACUUGAAGAUGAUAUUGAAGAGCUAAUGUCUAGUGAAGAAGAAGAAGAUGAAAUGAACACUUCAAGUAAAACUGAUCCAGAUUGGAUAAAAACGCCAAGGUUUCGACGACCAAAUAAACGAUCAACGACUUUUCGAAAUAAAUCAGAUACUUCGUCCCAUUCAAUGGACGAAACGCAUGCUGUUACGAGCAACGGGUCCGAAAACAUUGGCGCCAACAACGCCAACAACGCCAACGGAACAGGUAACAAACGGAGAGAGAAAGGCUGUAAGUGUCGUGGUAAAUGCAUCAACAAGCGUUGCGGAUGUUAUUCGAACACUAAGAAAUGCACGUUAAAUUGCGGGUGUAGUCUAACAUGCCUUAAUGGAAAAUUUUCCAAAACUGAUUCAAAUGAUGAAAAUGAAAUGAGUGAUAAUGUAAUAAUAGAGACACCUGAACAAGAACAAGUAAUAUCAAGUGAAGUUAUCAAGAAUAAUUCUCCAUCAGCAGACAGUAAUGUAGGAAGUAAUGCAACAUUCAUCACACCAAAGAUAGCGAGGUAUAAUAAGUUAAUUUUAAAUCUGUAUGUAAAACAAUUAAAAAUGAUUACGAUGUUGUUUCUAACUUAGCAGCGUUGGUGUAACUUUUAUAUUUUAAUGUAAAUGAAUUUCUGUUAUUGUUUAUGAAUCUCUACUUUAUUGGGCUUCAUGUGUCUUGCAGAAGGAAUCUAAGAAUAAGUUUUACAAUGCACGUUUAAGGUUCCCUUAAGUUAAGUGUAGUAUGCGUUUUAUUGCAGGUCGUAAAUACUUAAAGGAAGAUUAUAAUUAUGAAAAAUAUGGCAAUGCUAGUAAAAUCAUAG